UGGAGUAUUAACGCGCUGUCGAGUGACGCGCGUGGUCACACGGAAGAAGGAAGUGUUACUAACCGCCGUUUUUUCAUUAUUCGAAUCCCAUUGUUCAUCUAUAACGUUUGGACAAACAUGGGUGUAAUAUUCGAGCACAUGGCGGCAUAACCGAAUUGAACCGAGUGAUAAAAUGUGUGUUAUUUACCGGUAAACGUAGUUAUUGUGCGAAUUACGUUCGACAGAGUUACGUAUCGUUGACACAUAAUGACAAUAUUUAUUACGCUAUCUACGGCGUACCGAGAAUUCACUCACCGGCAUUAGAAAUACAAGAUUUCCGCAAACGUUUGCGGAACGAUGGCAAAAUAACCUCCCAUUUUCGUAUACUUUGUGUAUAUAAUGUUGGAGUUUUGUCCUUUGUGCGAUAAAAAUGGAUACAAGAAAAAACUUGUGCUCUUCCAAAUUAAUUUCGAGGAGGCCACGUGGCUUUGCGAGUCUCCUGAGUGCCCUUGGCCGUUUGGAUAUCAGGAAUUCAGAUUUGUGGAAAGAAAAGUUGGAGAGACUUGGUCUGCGUCGUGGGAACAGCCCAAACCGGCGAUAGUCAUAAAAUCGUCUGAACCUGUUCAUAUUUCCCUCAAUGAACUUGGGUUGGAUACUCCGCCAGUGACGCCAGGCAGCGGUUACGAAGUGGCACAAAAAGAGUCGUCUAUCGGUGAUAGUACAUGCUCAGCAACUAGUCUUAACUUAAGUACGAACAGCGUUGUUAACGUUACAAGCCAUCCUCGAUCAAAGAGUAAUUGCAAUAAACUGCAAGGUUCCGUUACUAGUGAAUGCGGAAGUAUUGAUGGCGAGAGUAUAGAAAUCAGAUUAAGCAGCGAAGAGGAAGUGUCACCGCAUACCACCAAAACUAAUGUCCACAGUUUCAAAAACGCGGAAACGCUGAAUAACGACAAUCAGAUUCUUGGAGGUACCGUUAAUUCCUCAAAACCAAAUAGUGAUUUUAGUUUAGAAAAUGAUGUGAAUUUGGAGAGCUUGAGUAAGUCUCGUUUGGCUUCUCAAGAAUUUAUCGAUGCCUGUGAUGAUGCGGAAGCAGCGACGGAAUCGUUAUUUAAUAUUGGUAAACCGUUAGUAAACAAACCCGCGGCCAAGGUAAUAGACAAUCACAAGAUCUUAAACAAUUUGGAUAAUGUGAAUUCUGAUUCGACUGUAAAAUGUAAAGAAUGGUUGAACAGCAAUACCAAGACUACGAUAAACAAGGAAUCUUCUCUUCCCGAUGUCGACUCUAAGAAGAAAGUGAUCGUCUACAGGAUUGAAACAUUGCCGCAAAAAUUAGGCACUAGGGUAUUAACAGCUAGCAAAGAAGAUACAAGCAGCGCAAAGCAAUUUCCUAAAUUUCAAAUAAUUCAAAAGUCAAGUGUGAAACCAGUUGGGACUGCUAUUUUUCCAAAUCAAAGAAAUAGUAACAGAUUUCUUCCUGUAGUGGUAACCAAUUUGCCACAGAAAAAUUAUGCAGUUCCGUUGGUAGUACGAAACAAAAACCAGAAAACACUUGGUGACUCGAUGCAGAAUGUAAAUAUUGUAGAAAAAAAUAAGAUCGAUCAUAUUACUGCCGGCGAUAGACUUAUACCGCAAAACGUUACGGUACAGAAAAAUUGUUCCAGUAUGAUUAAAGUUGAACAAAAAACUGUAGUCAUAGAUGGCCUACCGCCGAUAAAUGUAUCCUACGAGAUUCCAAGUUUCAUCGAAGAGUGCAAUGGUUUUCAAAGUUCGAAGUGUAGCAAUGAAACGAAAAAUGAAAAAAUGGACAUUCACUCAGGUCAAGAAACAGUGGCUGACAAUUCCAUUUUCUCCAUUAAUACCAAAGUUGAGUCUGUCGCUGAUUAUGAGACUAAAGAUAGUCCGUCUGCAACCGGUAUUCCAACCAAGAUUGAUACUAGACCCAUGAAAAAACCAUUGAAACGAACCAUUAAUAAAAUUAACAAAUAUGAAGGCUUCAACUUUGAGUCAUUGAAGAAAAAAUUCAAAAGUAAUGCUGGGCGCCGAAGUGAUGAGAAUAACAAAACUAGUGUUCCCGAUGUAUCGUCACAUGAUAAUGCUGAUACGUGUUCCGAUUCCACAAGUACUUCAGAAACGUCAUGUGCUACUACAGUUACCGUCGAUUCAAAGUCAGAAUCUGUUGGUUCUAGUAACAACGGUAACCCGAAGUCUACUUCUGGCAUGGGGAAUAUCGGUAUGGCAAUAUCAAGCUCAGAUUCAAAAAGUAAAACUAUGUUUACUCUAGAAAACGAUGCAGUGCUGGAUUCAAAUUUAAGUCUAGAUAUGGUUUUAGAUGACUUGCUGCUCAACGAAAGUGAAAACUUGCCGCAAACUUUUGGAGACGAUUGGUUAACAUCUUUGUUCGAUUAAUUCCAAAACUGAGCAGUUCCAUAUUGAGUAGAUGUCAUUGCUGCUUAGGAUUAGUCUGUAAAGACGGAAAGUUGUUUUUUUAAUUAUUAUUGAAAUGAACCUUGUGGACUGUUACCGCAGGAGAAAAUGUACAAAUAACAUAAAUUUUAAUUAAGAAUAGCUUACAGCACAUUCGCGAACUCAGUCCUGAUUUAUCAUUUAAUAAUACCGGGUAUUAUUCAGUUCGAAAAAUGUUAUUUAAAUGCAAUAUUUAAUAAUAAUAUUUGUAUGGUUUGCAUCAUGUAAUCACUUCAAUUUUACAUGAAUGGUAAAUCAAAUCACAGUUACUACCAUAUGCUUAACAUUUCAUACUACUUGUAAUGCACCGUAUUAAUUGAAUUGCUGGCAAAUUUGGUUGAAGGCAAACCUGCAUAAAAUAAAUAGCCAUAGUACGAACGUUAUUGUUUGUGAACGUUAUAGUUUACACGUUCCAUAAUUAAUUUCGUGACAUACAUGCGUAUUUUUAUAUUCUUAAUAUUGCUCUGUACAGUUAAAAGUUUAUGUUAUAAUAAACUAUUAAUUCACCUGAAUUCUCUAUUUAUGUUAAUUCUUUGCUAAACAUUAGCAGCAAGUUCUUAAACUAGCAGUUAAGUCUUCUUCAGAAUCGAAACAUUGAAAUGAAAUUUUUG